CCUGCCCGCGUGCAGUUUAUGUACAACUACGCAUACAUACACGCGGACUAAGUGAAUAUCUGCUGCGAAGUACAGUCGCCACUAAUGGUGAAAACUCGAUGGCGAAAUAAGGCAGAGUGCGAAAGAGAGGAGGGGUGGUGGUGCGCGCAACUUUAACUCCGCCGAGUGCACUUGGCAACAAGUCGGCUGCUCUCUCACUCGCCCGCCUAGCGACUCUCCAAUUGAGGGUCAAGGUCAGCGCUCGCGCAUCAGCUGCUGCGCGCAUGUGUGACGAAGGUUUCUCCGCCUGGCCGCUGCAGUCGGAGUUGUGUCUGGAGCUGAAAGUGGAAAUGGACAAGAAGAUGGAGAGGCAGAAACAGAUCCCGACGAUGUGGUUUUGGCGGACCGCAAGCCGGUUUAGUCUCUUUCACCGCGUUUCCUAUAGUUUAAUUCGACGCGAUCAUGGCGUAUAAAAUAAUGGCAGGCCUACGAGGGCAGUUCCAGAUGUUAUGCAUGAAUUAAUCAGAUGUUUGGGAAAAUAAUGAAACAUUUAGUUUACCUACGGCGCAAUUUUUGUUCAAAUUUACCUCCCUUUUGAAAAUGUUGACAUUUACAAUGAAAUCUUGUUGUUAAUCAGAAUUAAUUUUCAAAAAAGGACAAAAUUUUUUGUUAAAACAAAAUGUCAAAAAAUUGUAACGAUUGUGCAUGUCGCUUGGCCAGCGAAGUGAGCCAGUUGAAGGCCGUUGUUAAUGCCCAGAGCAAGACGCUCACCAAGCUGAUCAAACAGAUGAAGGAUGGGUGCAAAAAAGCAGAUGAGGUCAAAGAGUGUGCAAUGAGCGGCUUAUUGAACCCCUGUCUCAAGUGCCUGAAGCCUGAUAUACUAUAUCAUUUAGGCAUGGAUACGGAGACUACUGAUUUUCCCAAGGUUUUCGGAGACGUCCGGUUCGUUAUCAUGGGUGGGACAAAGGGGCGUAUGGAGCACUUUGCCUACUAUGUGAUGCAGGAAAUCGGCCUUAAGAUAAACGCGGCAACCCAGCUGCGCGAUAUGGCGGAGGCGGGCAAUCGAUUCUCCAUGUUCAAGGUGGGUCCUGUGCUUUGCGUCAGCCACGGCAUCGGGUGUCCCUCGAUUUCCAUCCUUUUGCACGAGCUCAUCAAGGUAAUGUAUCACGCUAAGUGCCAAGAUCCUGUGUUUAUACGGAUGGGUACAUGCGGCGGUAUUGGCGUCGAACCUGGAACAGUGAUCAUUUCCUCAGAAGCGGUGGAUGGUCGUCUGAAUCCAGCCCAUGAGAUUCUGGUGCAGGGCGCCAUCGAGAGAUAUGACAGCACACUGGACGAGAAUCUGGCAAUUGACAUCAAGCUCUGUCACGAUCCCUGCAAGGAUAGGUACGAAACCAUCAUUGGUAAGACACUUUGUGCCCAUGACUUUUAUGAGGGUCAGUCGAGAUUGGAUGGCGCCUUCUGCGAGUACACACCGGACCAGAAGAAGUCGUACUUGGAGCAGCUCGAGGGCCAGGACAUUAAAAACAUUGAGAUGGAGAGUUUGGCCUUUGCCGCCCUCACCAGUCGAGCCGGCAUCAGGGGCGCCGUGGUGUGCGUGGCCCUUCUGAAUCGCCUUAAGGGGGAUCAGAUACAAACGCCGAACGAUGUUUUAUGUAAAUGGGAAAAGCGACCGCAGGAGUUGAUAGCUCGAUAUAUUCGCAAAGUUCUAUACUUUAGCGAUUCGGAUGAAGCUGAGGAGAUGGAGGAUGACGAGGAGCCAAAUGAAUCAAGGAAGGUAUCAAUACAGGAAUCUCAAGGAGCAUCUGGAGACACCCAAAAGGAUCCAGAGCCGGAGGAGGAGGAAUAAAUAUAUAUAUGGCUUACAGCAGGACUCUACAUCCGAAUUCUGUACAAUCUGUGUACGUACUAUAAAUAUUUCCGGAUUGCAUUAUCUGUUAAAAAAACAAUAUUUAUUAAUCAGUUCAA